GCUUGUCGUCUUCUGCUGUCAUCUGUGAUUUGGUCUGCUGUGCGAUAAUGGCGACAUGUGACUAUGUGAGUUGUCCGUUGGUUAGUUGACGACUGACUUCGGUGACUUGACCGACGAAUUGUCCGAACACCUCUCCACGGCGGUUGUCAUGAAUUACCCUUUCCGGUUGUCGCCGCACAUGCGCAACAUGACCGCUCGUGUACCCAACGUCGAGACCAUCAUGGGCGCGGACGAUUGUGUAGGGCAUGACGACAAGUACUCACACGAUGUAGACUUCAUACUACGGCAUUAUAUCGUUUCAAAAAAUUCAAAUCGCCUGGAUCCUUUUCACCCAGGGAUCAAGCAUUACUCCUCAACCAUGUGCUCCAAAAUGCCCCAUACGUACGCCAAGAUGGCCGGGAAUAUUUUUGCUGCUGAGGAUAUCGGAUUUUGGGCUUGGGCCUGUGGAGGUCAACCCAGGCAAAAAUUCGUCACGAUGUACCCACUGUACAGUCGUCGGCUCCACCUUCCAUUGAAGCAACUCGAACCGGAGAAAAGAGGAGGGAAAAGUGGGAUAUUUUGGGCUGUAGGGCCGAGCGUGUGGAGGUCAUCUUUGUCCAGACCUCAUUGCUCCACCAGCCCGGCCGGCAAAACGGUUGAAAUAUUUACGUGCUUUCGAUGGCCCUGACUGACCAAUUGACCAAUUGAUCAAUUGACCAUUGAGUCGCGACCGGCAUGAAACGUUACCGGUGUGCAGUAUGGAAUGCCUAAUACCUCGGACCGGUUUUCACCAAGGAGAGCCGGAGUGGAUGCAUAGAGAUGGGCAAGUGAGAUAUUAUGUGAUAUGUCGGACCAUUCUCACACAGCAGAAGUUGACCUGCCAUCCCCUUGUCAAGACUCCGUCGGAGCAAGAAAAGGCUCCCGUGGGUCAAUAGACAAUAAUGUCUGUUGGGACUUUAGAUAUGGAGAAUCGUGG